CAGAUUUGUCAUUCAUAAAGAUUUUUUCUAUUGAUCGUUUGUAUUGUUUCAGCUGUUUUAGGUAUCCAGAGUACCAAGGAACUGUCGGUCUACAGAGAAUAGUUCUUUCCUUUAGAGGGGCAUGUUUCUGAACAAUGUCGGACGUGAUUCUAGUGAACAUGUGGAAUAAAAGAGAGAAUGACACGCGAUCGGUAUGAUAAAAUCAGUAAGUACUUCCACGCAGCUGACACAUCAUGCAAUCCUGCACGCGAACAACCAGGCCAUGACAAACUUUCACAUGUUCGACCGAUUCUUGAAGCCGUGCGUGUAAAUUUGAUGGCCAAUUAUAAAUCGCACCGUGAAACGACAGUUGAUGAGGCUAUGAUUGGAUAUACCGGUCGCUUAGGAUUCAAACAAUAUGUGCCAAUGAAGCCGACUAAACGUGGGAUCAAAGUGUGGGCAAGGGCGGACCCUCACAAUGGAUAUGUGAAUGACAUUCAAGUGUAUUUAGGUAAGGAGAACCGUGACGGAGACAAGGGUUUAGGGGAACGAGUUGUGAUGUAUUUAGUAACACCAAUUUUGAAUCGCGGACAUCAUGUGUAUUGUGACAAUUAUUUCACUACGGUAGGACUAUUCGAGGAAUUACAACAGCAAGGAACUUACGCAUGUGGAACAUUUAGAAUCAACAGACGAGGAAUUCCAGACGAAAUAAAACAGCAGAAGCUGAAGGAACAAGGGACAUCUAUCACGAUGCAGAAAGGAAACAUGGUUGCGACAGCUUGGAGGGACAAGAAGACCGUAUUCAUUUUAUCUACGAACUUCGAUCCAACAACACUGAGGACAACAGUUCAACGAAGGCAGAAAGACGGAAGUCAGAAAGAUGUUUCUUGCCCGGAGUCCGUACGAAAUUACACAAAGUACAUGAACGGUGUUGACCAUGCGGAUCAGCUAUGGGCAAUGUACAGUCUAGCGCGCAAGUCAGCCAAGUGGUGGAAAUAUCUUUUCUGGUUUUUAGUUGAUCUUGCCAUAGUUGGAGCCUAUAUUCUGAUGAAGGAAUCACCAAAUCACCAACAGAAGACAAGAACAGGAAAACCUAAGCCACUGACACAACUGGAUUUUCGAAAGAAACUCGCGAAGCAGCUAAUUGGGGACUUUAUGCAGAAAAGGAAACGCGACGUGCUCAAGGAAAAUAUUCAGCUACAAGGCAGGAUAUGCUGGCCGGCUAAUUUGGGAAAAAGGCGAACCUGUAAGAUGUGUUCAAAAAAUGGAAAGCGACGCGAAACACAGUAUGGUUGUGAAGGAUGCGGAGUGAAUCUUUGUGUUGAGUGCUAUAAGCCGUACCACGUUGAAAAAUUUCCAGAGCGAUUUGGGAAAUAGUGCUCAAAAUCAGUGUGUAAAGAAAUUAAAUCUCUGAACAUCAAGAGGGCUUGUAAUUCAUUAACAAAAUAUUAAAUAAAAUAAAUAUAAAUAUAACAAGAGCUGUCCGUAAGACAGCCAAGCUCGACUAUUCGAAAUAUUGUCACAGAAGCAGGAAAUUAUUACCCAAAAUGUUAAAUAUCAAAAGAGUUUUAAGUUCGAAAGGGGACAUAAUUUGACCA